AUGUCAACAGCCACAAUGCAGUCUACGCCAGCCAUCCCGCCGCGUCCUUCUAGGAGUCAUGACAGCUCCAGCACUACGGCCACAGCUGGCAGCACGCCCAGCAUUCCCCCGCGGCCGAAUCGCUUCCGAUCUGUCUCGCCCAACCCAGAUCGGUUCGCCCCUUCGCCUUUGAACGAGGGCUUCAACCCUCCCAAAUCACACCGGCUCAGCGCGACCUUUACUCCCAGCUCCCUUGGGGUUACCUCGCAGUCAACCACGGAUCUCGACAACAUGGGUCCUGGCGAAGAAGGUGCCGAAUACGCCGCCUACGGAGCCAACAACGAUGGAGGCGAGGAGCUCACCCGCCAGUCCUCCGCCUCCCCAGAGCAGACUCGCACCAUUGGCGAGGACAUCAAGCUCCACGCUCCCAAGCCAACGAUGCCCGCCCAGAGCGCCAAGCAGCGAGUCGCUCAGGUCACUCGUACCGACUCGGAUCGUGCCGCUGCUUUUGGCAUCGGACGCCCAAGCAGCACAGACCAGCACAACCCUCCUCGCACCCUCAGGAAAAAGGCCAGCACUGCCAGCCAGCUUUCCCAGGGAAGCCACUACGAUGACGAUGGCGGCAUUCCAGAGAUUGGCAUCCAGGUCCCCAUGUACCCACAUGCUGGCGACGUCCAGGCUCCGUCACCUGCUCCUGGAGCCAUUGGCACCGCACCUGGCACUCCCGGUCAGCGCAACCACCACAGGAAACGUAGUUCGCGCGGUUUCAAUGAACUGCCACCCGGGAGCUAUGGCCUGCACGGCCAUGGCGUUGUGCCAUCAGACAAGCUGGAGAAGGCCUAUUACGAGAAGCACCCUGAGCUCCUGCAGAAGGAGCAUUACAAAUAUCUUCAGGACCGUCCCACAGACUUCUCUAUGAGUAGCGAAGACCUUAACAAGAUCGUCCGUGGCGAAGCGACAGCGCCGUCCGAAAACUACACUGGUACGCCCAGCGAACAAGUUGGAUACCAAGCUGCCGAAGAGUACGCCUCGCGCCUUUCGCGACCUCCCUCGGCAGCGGCCAAAGAUAUUACAUCGCCAAUCCGCCCCAGCUUCGGACGCGCUGCAUCAAGUGCUGACGAUGAUGAGGUCAUCCAUGUCUCGGAUCGUGGUCACCAUCGUGGAGUUCUCAAGUACGGCGAGAACGAGCCCGCUACAGUGGAUAAUGAAGAGGGCUACGAAGCCCCCAUCCUUGCUUCCGAUGAGGUCGCCAAACGCUCAUCCCAGUAUGAGCUCUACCCCGCAGUCGAUCCGCCAACCGAGCGUCGGGGCAGCGCCUACGAAAUGGAGAGGCCCCGGAGUAUUACUGGCAGUCGACCCAGCAGCAUCUACAGUCCCCCACCUGCGGACGUGCACUCGACCUCAUUGGAUGAUGUCGAAGAGUACGAACCGCUCUUCCCAGAGGACGAGCAGGGUAACAAGAUCCCACUCUCGGCCGCCCAGCUGCAAAAGAUCCGCCAGCGUUUCCCCAGCCGAGAUAUCUGGGAAGACGCACCCGACAGUGUACACGGCACUGCUGAAGUGUCAACACCCGAAGCGGUGGAGUCCGCAGCUCAGAGGCCAGCUGGCCAGCCUCUUGGCAUUCCUCGGGAAGGCGAGACUCCCGCGCAAGCAUUCGCUAGGCAACAAGAGGAAUUGGCAGAGAAGGAAUCCAGAACUCCAGACAGCUUCUUGUGGCGGACGCAACGUGGCUCGUGGUCCGAUAAGCAAGCUCCGAAGGAGCCUGAACGUCCAGGUCUUUGGACCGACCGCCAGGGCAAGGCCCAACGGUUCCCGAGUCGCGAUGUCUGGGAAGACACUCCCGACUCGCUCCAGUUCACCACCACAGUCUCUGGUCCUCAAUCAGAACGAGAAGUUGAGGAUGAGGCGGCGGCCGACGAGGCGUCCGUAUCAAGCAGGCCAGUCGUCCCUCCACGGCCCAAGAAGACGGGGUCCGGCGAUUCUGCUAAGCCCGUCAUCCCUGAGCGUCCGAAGCCACAGGUCCCAGCCCGCCCGGCUGCCAGACAAGGAUCCGACCCAACCGAAUCAUCAGAAGCAGCAGCCAAGGCGAAGCCUGCGGUGCCCGCUCGCCCGGUCGGUGGUAAGAUCGCCGCUUUGCAGGCAGGUUUCAUGUCAGAUCUGAACAAGCGCCUCCAACUUGGCCCGCAGGCGCCAAAGAAGGAAGAGCCCGUAGCCGCAGACUUGUCGGAGGAGAAGGAGCAGGCUCCGCUGGCAGAUGCUAGGAAAGGUCGCGCCAGGGGUCCUCAGCGUCGGGCGCCGACAAAAUCAUCAAGUGCCGGAUCGAGCGACAAGUCGACUCCUCCACCGGUAUCCCAUGGCAAGCCUGUGCUGAGUUUCUCCAUUACUCACACACUCUGGAGCAUUGACGAGGAGGGCACUAUGGUGAUCAAUCCGGAGGAGAAGGAGCAGGAAGUAAGCACUGUCACUGAGAUCACGCCGGAGACUCCUUCAGACCUGGAACCGAAGUCCGUACAACCUCCCACAGCGAAACCAAGUGUUGGCGACCAGGGCGAGGGCGACAAGGUCCCAGUGUCGCCGGAACAGCAUGAGCCGGAGGCGGCGUCUUCAGAAAAGCCCACCUUUGAGGAGUCGGAAAACAAGACCCUCGCGACUAAUACUGCGGGCGAGUCGAUCUUGCAGGAGUCGGUGACCAAGGACCCUGCGACGGAUGAGAUCAAGGCCGUCGAGGGUACCAAAGAGGACGUCAUUCGGGAUUAG